CUUCACGACGGCUGUAAAGCCCCCAGGUUGGUCACGCAGCUCCACUUCACCAGCUGGCCUGAUUUUGGGGUGCCCUUCACACCCAUCGGGAUGCUGAAAUUCCUGAAAAAAGUCAAAACCUUGAAUCCUGCCCAUGCUGGUCCCAUUGUGGUCCACUGUAGCGCCGGCGUGGGCCGCACGGGCACGUUCAUCGUGAUCGACGCCAUCAUUGACAUGAUGCACGCGGAGCAGAAAGUCGAUGUCUUCGAGUUCGUCUCACGCAUCCGUAACCAGCGGCCGCAGAUGGUUCAGACUGACAUGCAAUACUCCUUCAUUUAUCAAGCCUUACUUGAGUACUACCUCUACGGUGACACGGAGCUGGAUGUGUCAUCCCUAGAAAAACAUCUGCAAACAUCCCACAACGCGGCGCCAAACCUCGUCAAAAUUGGGCUAGAGGAAGAAUUUAAAAAGUUAACGAACGUUCGAAUAAUGAAGGAAAACAUGAGAACGGGCAAUCUUCCUGCAAAUAUGAAGAAAGCCAGAGUCAUCCAGAUCAUCCCAUAUGAUUUUAAUAGGGUGAUUCUGUCGAUGAAAAGAGGGCAGGAGUACACGGACUACAUCAACGCUUCCUUCAUAGACGGCUAUCGGCAGAAGGAUUACUUCAUCGCCACCCAGGGGCCGCUUCCGCACACGGUGGAGGAUUUCUGGCGGAUGGUGUGGGAGUGGAAGUGCCACACCAUCGUUAUGCUCACCGAAGUCCAGGAGAGGGAGCAGGAGAAAUGCUGCCAGUACUGGCCAUCAGAGGGCUCCGUAACUCACGGAGAGAUAACGGUGGAAAUCAAGAACGACAGCCUCUUAGAUGCCAUAAGUGUCAGGGACUUCCUAGUUACAUACAAUCAG